AUGCGCUUUCGGAUCUUGCUCCUCUUGCCAGUUGCGCUGGCUGUUCGGGAUCAUGAGGCGGACUUGGAUCGGCUCUCGCUGGAUGAGUCGCUGGAGGAGCCAAAGUUGGACAGCGUGUCCAAGGCCUUCUCGAGUGUCAUGAAGGUCUUCAACCACGAGGCGCCGAUCACGAUCACUUUCGACGACGAGCCCCACAUCAACAUCCUCCAGCGCUUCAACACCACGUGGACGGCCGUUCCCAUGACUCAGAACAAAGGUGAUCUCGUCAUCGCAGGGGGGGUCUACAACAUCAUCAAGUUGCUUCGGUCCCGGAAUCUGCGAAUUUCUUGCCCCGUCCUGUGGGCGGAACACAGCUGGGAGGCCUACAUGUCCGUCACGAAAGCGGCACAGAAGGCUGGCCAAGUUCUAGCCGGCAUGGUGACCAAGGGACUCAUCGACGUGGCGAACAUUGGUCACCUGAAGGAGGUCUUGGCAAAGAUGAUGGGCAUCCCUGGCUUCCAGUACCCAGCGAGCAUGCUGGGUGCCGGGGGGAAAAUCUUCGAGGCGGGGAUCAGCGAGACGGGAGCGUUGAACCGCAGCACCAUGCUGCAAGAAGAGGCACUGGGCACCCUGGCAUCGGCAACCUUGGCAAACGACACAGCCGGACAGAACAGUACCUUCAACCAGGUGGUUGACUCAAUCUACGCCGCGAAGCUGCAGCUGCUGAGGUUGCAGGACGCGAAGCGUGUGGUGCGCCUCAUGCUUGGUCCGAAAUAUACAGAGACGGGUGCCUAUGACCUCCGCAUGAAGUGCAUGCAUCCCGAUCCGACGAAGA